AUGGAGCUCAAAAGCAACGUGUCGAAGUACCUGGUUGUGUGCUGUGUGUCUAUGCUGCUGGGCCUGACCAUGGCGAAAGGAAUGAAGGUGACAAAGGACAGGUGUAACGAAACACUGAUCAUCCCUUCAGACUUCUACAAGAUUCCCACAGAGGAAUCAGAGGGAAAUGGGAACAUUCACACACGCUCUCUGUCACCCUGGACCUGGAAAAGCACUACAGUGGAGAACCGUAUUCCUCAGACCAUGUGGGAGGCCGAGUGCAGCUCUAUGUACUGUGUCUACCCCACCAACAGCAGCCAGUACAUGCGCUACGGGCAGAACUCUGUACCUAUCUACCAGCAGGUCGUGGUACUCUACACUUCAGCCACCAGGAAGUGCUACAGCGCCUCCUUCCUGUCUGUGGCCGUGGGGUGCACCUGUGCCUGGGCAAGGACUACUUGAUGUAGCCUGCAGUA